AUGUCGGUCUGGAACCCGGAUAACAUCCGUGAUGUCGCGGAAUCUGUUGGUAUUACCAAUCUCAACCACGAUGUGACGGAAAACCUUGCCCGCGACGUCGAAUACCGCGUUGCACAAGUGCUGGAGGAGGCACUGAAGUGCAUGCGACACGGCAAGCGCACCCUGCUCACUACUCAAGACAUCUCUCAUGCUCUUCGGAAUCUGGACGUUGAACCUCUAUAUGGAUACGAAUCCCUCCGACCGCUGCGAUUUGGCGAAGCAUCGCUGGGCCCCGGCCAACCGCUGUUUUACGUGGAGGAUGAAGAGGUGGACUUUGAGAAGUUGAUCAACGCGCCGUUACCGAAGGUCCCCCGCGAGGUGUCUUUCACUGGCCACUGGCUCGCCGUCGAAGGUGUCCAGCCAUCCAUUCCCCAGAACCCCACUGCCGCCGACUCUCGCAACCUCGAGCUGGUAUCGAAGGGACCGAACGCCAAUUCCACCCUUGCGGCGAUGAGCGGUAGCGGUGAAGUAUCGGUCAAGCCUACCGUGAAGCAUGUGCUCUCCAAGGAGCUGCAACUCUACUUUGAGAAGGUCUGCAGUGCGUUCCUGGAUGAAACGAGCGAGGAGUACCGGACCUCUGCAUACGCCAGUCUACGGGAUGAUCCUGGUCUACACCAGCUGGUGCCAUACUUUGUGCAAUUCAUUGCGGAGAAGGUCACGCACAGCCUUAAGGAUAUAUUCGUCCUAACCCAGGUGAUGCACAUGGCCGAGGCUUUGGUGCAGAAUACAUCGCUCUACGUCGAUCCUUAUAUUGCCUCUCUUGUUCCAUCGAUCUUGACCUGCCUGGUCGGCCGACAACUUGGCGGAGCCAGCGAUCUAUCUGAACAAUUUGCCCUGCGUGACCUUGCAGCAUCACUCCUCGGACUUAUUGCAAAGAAGUUCUCUCACUCAUCUCACAUGCUCAAGCCCCGUCUUGUACGGUCAUGCUUGAAGAGCUUCCUUGACCCUUCCAAGCCUUUCGGUGCUCAUUACGGAGCCGUCAUUGGGUUGCAGGCUGUUGGUGGUGCCGAGGUGGUCCGCGUGCUCGUUAUUCCCAAUCUCAGUGACUACUCCAAACUACUCAGCGAUGGUCUCGACGAUGCAGCUCGUCGUCCCGCUGCUGAGCGCGUUCUCAGUGCACUCAUCGGCGUUCUGGCGUCGAUCCGAGAUGCUCACCCGUCUUUGGCCAACGGCCAUCCCGCAACCGUGUCGGAUGAUUUGCGCUCACAGUUGACAGAGAAAGUCGGUGGUCUCAUUGCCGGGAAGAUCGCCGAGGCCAACGAAGUCCAGCUGGCUCGCCUUAUCGUGGAGGUUUAA